UACACACAUUCUCAAACUUAUCAAAUAGUUUUUUUUUUAUCGCAAUUGUCUCUGAUUAAUAUAAUGGCUUGCUUAACAAUUAAAAGAUCACUCGAUUUAGAUCAUAUACCAAAUCAUACGCAAAAAAGACAGCGGUGUAAUCCUGCUAUAAUUACUCAACCUUCAAAUUCUUCCCAAUGCGAGAGCUAUUUCGCCCAAAUUAUUCCUAAAAUUACAUCGGAGGAUAUAGAAAAAUCUGUCAAAUUUUAUUCGAAAAGGAUACCCAAAAAUAUAAACACGGUUAAGAAUGAGAAUGACAACCAUACUGAAGAAAAAUUUCCUAUUUCAUUAUUUUCACUUGAAAAUAUGAAUCAACACAAAAAUCCUUUAUUCACUCUGUCUGAAGUUAAAUUUAUUUGUGAAAAACUUAUUAAAGAAAGAGAAGAAAUAAUUCGAGAAGAAUAUGAUAAAAUAUUAUAUUCAAAGUUAUCUGAACAAUAUGAGGCCUUUGUGAAAUUUAAUACAGAUUAUCUACAUAAAAAGCAUUGUGAUAUUCCACUUAGUUAUGUGUCCUAAAAGUAUGAUGAGAUUAUGAAGAAUAUUAAUAUUAAAUCCCCUACUUUAUUUAUAUAAUAAUCUUUUAAUGAUAUUGUUGCAAAUCAAAAUAUUUUGCUUAAAGUUUAUUUUUAUUGAUUUAUAAUAUAUUAAACAAAUAAAAUAUUUUAAUUAUA